CUCGUUGGCGCCUUUUGGGCAUCGUGGUUUGCUCAAUAAUACGCGGUGGGUAUUAAGGUGGGGUUCGACCUAGCGAUGUCCGGAUAAAUUAACACGAACGUGGGUUGAUCACCAUCCCACCUUAAGACUGCACUUCCCUAGUCAUGGACCUUCAACAUCGGUCUACGAUCCUUCACACGUCGAAUUCAGCUUGCUAGGCUGGUCUCCGCUUCAUCAUGCCAAAGGUGCUUAAUCCAAUCUUACCAGGGUUCAACGCGGAUCCGUCCAUCCUGCGUGUUGGAGAUGACUACUACAUCGCUACUUCGACAUUCGAAUGGUAUCCCGGGGUGCAGAUCCAUCACUCCAAGGAUCUGGCGAACUGGGAACUGGUGACGCGGCCGUUGAACCGCAAGAGCCAGCUGGAUAUGCGCGGUAACCCAGACAGCUGCGGCAUCUGGGCACCAUGUCUGACGCAUGACGGGGAGAAGUUCUGGCUAGUCUACACCGAUGUCAAGCGUAAGGACGGCUCGUUCAAAGAUACGCACAAUUACAUCGUCCACGCGUCUGCCAUAGAGGGCCCUUGGUCGGAUCCAAUCUACGCCAACUCGUCUGGAUUCGACCCGUCACUGUUCCACGAUGAGGAUGGGAGGAAGUGGUUUGCCAAUAUGUUGCAGGAUCACCGACGGCGCCCGCGAUCAUUCGCCGGUAUCCGAUUGCAGGAGUUCGAUCCGAAGCAAGAGAAGCUCGUUGGCCCUAUGAAGACCGUCUUCUACGGCACGGAGCUAGACCUAGUCGAGGGCCCGCAUCUGUACAAGCGCAACGGCUGGUACUAUCUGCUCACUGCUGAAGGCGGUACUGGGUAUGAGCAUGCUUGUACAUUAGCUCGAUCGCGCAACAUCUGGGGUCCCUACGAACUGCAUCCGCAAAAGUACAUCGUCUCAUCCAAGGAUCACCCUCUGGCCGCUCUUCAACGAGCCGGCCACGGCGACAUCGUCGACACGCCAGACGGGAAGACGUACGUGGUGCAUCUCACAGGCCGUCCAAUCACGCAGUUCCGGCGCUGCGUGCUAGGCCGAGAGACCGCUAUCCAAGAAGCAUACUGGGGCGACGACGACUGGCUUUACGUGAAGAACGGCCCUGUUCCAUCCCUCCACGUCGACCUUCCCGCCGCCCGCGACGACACCGCCUACUGGGCCGAGCAGCGCUACACCUUCGACGCCGCCAAAGGUCUGCACAAAGACUUCCAAUGGUUGCGCACUCCCGAGCCCGAGCGCAUCUUCACCAUUGCAGAAAAUAAGCUCCAGCUCAUCGGCCGCGAAUCCAUCGGCUCCUGGUUCGAGCAGGCGCUCGUCGCACGCCGCCAAACGCACUUCUCCUACGACGCCGAGGCCGUCAUCGACUUCUCGCCCACGGAUGAGCGCCAGUUUGCGGGCCUGACGGCGUACUACUGCCGCUAUAAUUUCUUCUACCUGACCGUGACCGCGCACGCCGACGGCCAGCGCGAGCUCCUCAUCCUGACCUCAGAAGCCUCCUGGCCCGAAGGGCGGCUCAACUUCCCGCUCGCGCAGCCCGUUCAGAUCCCGAACUCUGGCAGAGUGAGGCUCGCGCUUAGUAUUCGCGGGAAGGAACUGCAGUUCUUUUACACUCUGGAGGGCGAGCAGGAGUUAAAGAGAAUCGGGCCUGUGUAUGACGCGAGUAUUUUGAGCGAUGAGUGCGGAGGGCAUCAGGCCCAUGGGAGUUUUACCGGGGCGUUUGUGGGGAUGGCGGCGAGUGACCUGGAUGGAUUGGAAGCGAGGGCCAACUUUGACUAUUUUGUCUAUCGGCCGGUGAAGCAUGAGAGUGAUCGGUAUGAGGUUUGAGAUUGGGAGGAGCUGGGUGUGACAGCGGAAUGUGGGACAGGUGGGUGAUGAAAUUGCAUGAUUCUCAGCUGAUGGUACGGUACCUGGACCCGAACAGCACUGCAGGAGCGUUCCUGCCCUCUAAUAUAUGACGCUCGCUUCCUCUUCAACGGCAAGAAUCAGGAUUACACCAUCUAUUGCUGAUGCGAUCAUUCUUUUCCAUUUCAGUUUUACCAUUUGCUCAUCUUCCGUCCACAGCUCAGCGGCCUGGCUUACAAUGCCGGAUAGAAGGAAGUGUAGGGGUAGCAUGCAAUGCGGCGGACACCCUGUUCUAACAACUCAGCGUAAAG